AUGCUUACUGCAUUCAUUCGAGCCCUCGCGGCAACUUCUCUGCUCCUCACUGCAACAGUAACUGCAGACUUUCUUCAUCUACCACGACGAAUACAUCACGCCAACCGACAACGGCGGCAACCUCAAGGAACGGAAAAUGCCAUAAUGAUUUACGACGGACCUCCCUCGUGCGACGAUGUCAAUAACAACUAUGCUCUCCUCAGUGAAGCGGCGGAUGCGUCCAGUUCGGGCUACUAUCGCUGCGAGGGUUGUGGAGACUAUGGAGAUAUUGUCAAUUGGGAUAUUAUAGAGUUGGAGUUGAAUGGACAGAAUGGUUUGGGGGCAUUAUACGAUUUAUAG